AUGAUGGCCGAUGUCCCUCAAAGGAAACCAAUGCCACCUGGUUUCCAAACUUCUCCUUCUGCUCCUUCAUACAACAAUCACAGUCGAGCUCGUACGAUUUCUUCCAAUACCUUUCCUUCCAUCAAUUACCCGCCUCAACCUCAAAAUCCCCAAACUCUCUAUCCAGGAAAUAUGCAGAUAAGCGGCUUCUCUUCACGGAGAACUCCUUCGACGGGUACCUUUUCGACAACGGCGAGUAGUGGGAAUGGCCCUGUGCCAUAUCGUGGCUCUCAAGACUUGAGGCGAUCCACGUCCUCACGAUCGGGAAAUUUACAACCUCAAGGUUAUGUGGCUCUGAUGCGAAAACAAAAGGCGACGGUGUGGUGUGAUAGAUCGCAACAUGAAGAUCCACGAUUGAUCGCUCAACAAAAAGCCGCCAAGGAAAGAGCAGCGGCUGCAGUACUCGGUGGACCUUUACAAGGAAGGAUCUCGACGGGUGGCACAAAUAGUUUGGUCGGAAGUAAUCGAGUGACGGCGAAAAUAAGACAUCAUGGGAAAGCUGGAUUGGUAGGAUAUAGUCCGGGAGAUCUUGUCGGAGGUGUAGUCGGUGUGCCCAUGAGAUUGAGUGCUAGUGAAGUGGAAGGUGGAGACAGUGAUGAUGAUGGAGAUAGCGGCAGAAUUUUAUAUCAUCGAAGAACGGGUUCUGGACGCAGUAGUGUUGGCAGUGCUAGGAGGGGUCUUACAUAUUCACGACAAUCGGGUGCAAGUUCGACAGCUGGCAGAUGGAGCUCAGGCCACACGCCACCUAGCGAGAGAGAGAGACGGGAAUCUUUCGCAGAUGUGGCAGAAGCUGGGGAAACUCCUGUGCCGGCUGAACAUGCGAAUGCUAAGAAUUAUUUUGAAGGCGGUGAUGGAACGAGAAGUGCAGGAGGAAGUAUCAGUAGUGGAGAACGAGCAGAUGGUAUUGCGGACUUGAAUUCGAAUGAUGCAGCGAGAUUAGCAAGUAACAGCUUGCUUAAAUCAACAAUCACACGCGAAAAAAGUGUGAAGAAUCCCGACGAAUUAAGGCGAAGAGGAAGUGUCGACGAACGAACGACCACAAUGACUCUUGGUGCGGGCCGAUUAUUUAUUGCCAAUCCCGAUCAUUCGGAUAGUGAUUGA